AUGAAUGUGGAUGAAGUGAAGAGGAAUCGAAUAGAAAGGUCAGCUUCAAAACGAUGGCGUGGCUCAGUGCGAAGAGUUAUAGCGUCUUCAGUGUAUAAUCUGUCAUGCUUCACGCAUGGCUGCAGCACAGGCUGGGUGUCUGGGGUUCUGGGAAACGAGGCCCUGACAGGCGGUGCCUGGCUUGCAGCUCUACCCUGCCUGGUGGCUCUGCCUGCCGCACCGAUGUUCGCAGUACUAGCUGAUGUUAAGGGAAGAAAGGCUGGCGCGUUUUGUAUAGGACUUAGUUUUAUUUUCAGCUGGUCUCUAGCAGCAUGGUGUGGGGCCAGAGGUGUAUGGGCAGCUAGGGUCGCAGCUGGGGCGGGCGGCGCGGGUGCGUUGGCACUCGCCCCGCUAUACUGCGCUGAAAUUGCCCCCAGAACUAGAGGGCUUGCAGCUAUGCCAGCUUUGGCUUGCAGUUGCGGCAUUCUCUUCGCCUAUUCUGCGGGCGGUCUUCUUUCUGCGCACGCGCUGUCUUUGUCAAUGGCUAUUGCACCCACACUUCUGCUCAUAUCUUUACUAUGGCUGCCUGAAACACCUUCGUUUCUUAUUAAUGUUGGGAAAAUACAGGAAGCCGCCAAAGUGAUGUGCUGGUUUGACGGUUCAGACUUCAGAGAAGACUUGACAGAUGUCAUUGAGCAGCAGGAAGUAAGGAUACGAACAUCAGAUUAUGGACGACGGGAAAUGUCAUAUGACUCUGAGACUUCUCAACCAAUGUUGAAGAGGAGUCAGGAGUCUGAUAAGAGAAAUGAGAGGGAGAAGUCGGCUUGUAAGGAGUUGUUCUCACAUCGUCGCUCGCGUCGUGCACUUUUAUCAUGCUUCGUGGUCAUCGGCGCAGCUGCGGGCACCGGCGCAGGCGCCUUCAACAGUUUCGCAGCUGCUGUGUUACGACAUUCAGCUCAUGAAAUACCAGUACUUAAUACAACUGCUUAUAACUUCUCCAUUUAUAAUGGAACAUUACCACGAAAUCUGUUCGAGUCAUCUGAAGCUGGGUCAAUGUUGUGCGGCACAGCGUUGGUACUAGGCGCAGCCGUUGCCACAGUGACUGUUGAUAAAGUUGGACGGAAGACACUCCUCUUAUGGUCGUGUUCCGGCAUCGCUUUCUGCUUAGCUGUUUUAGGGGUGUACUGUGAUCCACAUUUACAAGUGCACACGUUCUAUAAACAUCGAUUCCUAACCAAAAAGAUCACCAGAGAUAAAAGUAUCAGAGACAAGAUAGAAUUGCCUGAAAACUUGACAAUUUACAACGAUUCACUCAAAUAUGGGAACGACACAAAAGCGUGGUACAGAGUAGCAGAGAAUUAUAACGAGACAGAGGAGCAAUGGUCUGUCAAAUUUGAACAAACCAUAGAGAAGGAUGAUAUAUCAAUAUGGCUGCCGGUUGUCAUGUUGUCUUUGGUACUGUUUUUAUAUAAUAUAGGCCUUGGAUCAGUGCCUUAUGUGUUGAUAUCGGAGUUGUUUUAUGUAAAUGUUCGAAGCUUAGCGUCCAGUUUCCUCAUAACUUGGAUGGGCUGGAUAUAUCUAUUUCACUCUCCUGAGACGAAGGGCAAAUCUCAGAGUCAAAUCGACGCGUCACUCGACGGACCCUGGCUUUUGACGUUUGAGAGAAAGAAUCAACGAUGA